CCCCCGGGGACCCCGCGAGGCUCUGCCGGCCCGUCGCCCGGCGUGAGCGGGCCCUCCCGGCGAUCCGAAAGGCAGCUCGGGACACGUCAGUCUUCCCUCUUCCGCCUUCGCCCGCGGGGCCCUCCGCCCGGCGGAAAGCUCCUCUCCUGCGGCGUGGAGGGGCAGCGCCCCCACGGCCGAGGCCGCCCUGACGCUGCCGGGUCUCUCGUGGCGGGGCUGCGGUUGAGUCCUGGCUACGAGGACACAAACCCCCUUUCUGGAUCAGCGUUGCCGCGGGUCCGGCCCCCUGUCCCUGGGAAGGUUGGGUUCUAAAAGCAGUGGCCGCCGCCCGCGCCCAGUGACUGCCGGGGACCCGCAGCCCGGGCUGCGGCUGUGCCCACACCUACCGGACACCCGAAGCGUUUGCCGGCCGAACCAGUGGGACUCGCCACCGACUGCUGAGGCCGAGCCCCGAAAGGUGGGUCAAGGCCCUCGGCCCGCGCGGGGGUCGCUGUGGUAGGACAGCAGAGGACACAGCCCAUGCAAGGGUCCUGGAGUCGGAUCUCACCUCACUGCUGCUCUGCCAUCCGUCAUGAAUGGCCUCUCGCCAAAAAAAUACGUAAAUAAAACUGUCUUCCCGAGGCUGUACUGGGAGGCCUCCCUGAUAGCAUAGCGACUGUCCCGUGUCCGAUGAUAGGCAAGUCUGGGCCAGGUCUGGUGCAGAGGUACGCAAAGAGAUCGGGUAUUUGCUCUUUUACCCCGUGAAUUCGGCAGCCUGACGGUUGUUGUUCAUUGCAGGUAAAGAACCUUGAGAUGCUUGCUUUGGUCUCUGUAUUUUUAUUCUUGUUUUAUUAGUGUGUGUGUGUUUAAGCAUCUCUUAAUUUUGCAUUGUAGAUUAUUCUGGAAAAGUUUAUUCUGUCAAGGGAUCUGCCAUUAGGGAAAUUCCUCUGGAAGUCAGACCGAGGGGCCGUGACUUCGUCUUGGCCACCUGGGAACAACUUAAGGUUUCCUUUCCUCGUGUAAAGAAAGCAGAAAAUCUCAAGUGGUUUCUGGCUUGAAAAAAUCCUUCAUUUACUCACUUCUGCUCUUUCUGACCCAGCCCUUCUUCCCACAGGAAGUGAGGUUCCAGAAAGUAGGGUGUUGAGUUUUUUAGGCAAUCAAUGAAUUUUGUAAUUAGAAAAGUAACUUAGAGUGGCUUUGGAGUAAUCUUUUAAGUGACAACCACUUGGUCUCUAAACCUGGGCCUCUUUCACAACUAACAGCGCCCCCGCCCCCCAUCAGUGCCACCAAGCCUCCUCUGCUUUUCUCUCCAAUAUCUUCCAAAUUGUCCUCCAUGCUGCCUUGGUUCAGGCACCAUCCCCUCACCUAAAUUAUCAGGACAGACACCUUGCUAGUCUCUUGGUCAUCUCUCCCCUUGGAUCCAUUUUCCAUACUGCUGCUGCAAGGUUUUUUUUUUUUUAAAUCUUAAAUAUGUCCUAUUUCUUGCAACAGUAGUUCUUUAAAAAAAAAAAUUAAUACAAUUUUUAAAGGUAGCUUUCCGUGUAGUUAUUACAAAAUAAUGGCUAUGUUCUCCGUGUUGUGCAAUACAUCCUCGAGCCUAUCUUACUCCCAAAAGUAUGUACUUCCCACUCCCCCACCCCUAUAUUGCCCCCUCCCCCUCCUCACUGGUAGCCACUAGUUUGUUCUCUGUGUCUGUGAGUCUGUUUCUUUCUGUUAAAUUCACUAGUUUGCAACAGUGGUUCUUAAAUCUUGGUGUGCAUCAGAUUCAGCUAGAAACUUAUCAAAAACAUAGAUACCUGGGUCCCACCAAAUCAGGAUCUUGGGGAAGGAGGUGACUGGGCAUCAGUAUUUUUUAACAAGCUCUGAUUUUGAUGCACACCAAAAUUUAACCAUGAGUACAUAGGAUAGAGUCAAAAAAAGCUUGGCAUAUUAGGACUCUCAGACCUGCAUCUAAAUUGCUUCUCCAGGUAUGUUCCCCUCUGGAACCCUAUCCUGUAUUUAAAUUGAAAUCUUGAGUGUUAUAUUUUCUCAAGCCCACAAGCUUCAUAUAGUUCCUUCUAGCUAGACUGUUCAAUCUACCAUUCCCUACUUACCUGCCUGGAGACUUCUUUUGAACAGUGCAAAUGCCACCUUCUCUGUAAAGCCUUCCCUUACAUCUCCUGACAGGCUCUGUUUAUAGAACUUUAUUUCACCAUACUUAUUUUAACUUCUUAUGUGUCUGUCUCCCUUGCUAAUUGCUAACUCCUCAUGGGAGGAUUAUAAUUUAUCCAUCUUGGUAUCCUCAGGACCUAGCAGUGCUUUUGUAUGUAGUAGGCAGCUUAAUACACAUUCCUUGAAUGAACUGGUUUACCUGCUGUACAUGAUGAGAACAGAGUUGCCACCAAGCUGCCUAUCCAGGGGAGCAGAAGAUAGAUGGGGCUGGGUGGGCCUCCUUGCCACAGUGUGCCCUGGACAUCUGUUCAUCUUGAGAGACUGAGGAUGUAGAUCUGGUUUCCAGCAGGGCUUGGGAACAACCCUGCCAGCAGGAUCAGGCUGUCAAUAAAUGGGAAUUUACCAGUAGCCUAUGGCAUAAUCUGCUGGGAGUUUUUGUUUCGUUUUGGAGGAUGGAAGAUAAAAGAAAUCGGAUUCUUCCCUUGUUAUUUCCUCUGUGCCAUGCACACCUCCUCCCCCCCGCCCCAACCCCAUCUUAAAUACAGAUAAACCCUCUGACCACAACCUCUUGUCCUCUGUCUUUCCCACCAAACUUGUGCCAUUUCACUGAGACCUGCAACCCCUCGCCCUGCCCUUUGGCUUUUUUUCCAGUUUGUCUUCCUAACCCAAGCAGCUUAGAGUCUGCAUUCCAUCAUUUUAGCCACAUUCUUGCCUGUGUUCUUGAUGCCUCUCUCCCAUUAUCCUUUCACUGAAGCGGCUGAGUGAAACCUUAAUCUUGGGUCAAUUUGUCUGUUAAUAUUCAAGCACCUAUAUCCAGGAUGCUAAAAGAAUCUUAACACUAUGAUGUGUUAAGAUUGUGUGUCCAUAAGUUGUGUUUUCCAGUCUCAAUUGGGCCCUCGAUGCUGCCCAGUAAUGCUUUUUCCAAAUCAGCUCUUGUGUUCUCCACAAGCCUUUCUUCUCACAUCUUUGACUUCAUAUCCCUUCUCUCAUCAGUUGACCUCCCUUACAGCCUAGUGGGAGAUGCAAGCAAGAAAAACAAUUACAGACACUACGUUAGAGAAAGUAUUGGAGCUGCGGGAGCACCCAGGAGGGAGGAACAUCUAAUUUGGGCCUGAGCAGUCAGUUAAAGCUUCCUUAAAACAGUUCAUCAGCUAAGUCCUGAAGGGAGAGUAGGAGUUGCCAGAACAGAGGGAACAAUGAAGGGAAAGCAGUUGUUUGCCUGGAGCAUUGCAUGUAUGUUACAAGAGAAGAUUGGAGAGGUAAGCAGGGUCCAAUUUGAAGCCACAUAAAAGAAUUUGGACUUGAUCCUAAAAAGAAUGGGGAGGCACUGAAUAGUUAUGGGAAUAAAAUCAGAUUUAUUCCCUGCACUUCAGGGUGAAGACACUGAGGGGAGGGGAGCAGAAGGCUUGCUGGACUUAAGAAAUGAGGGGUCUCGAUGAGAUCCUUAGGAGGAUGUAAAUGUCUGAGGAAAUAAGGCCUGUAAUAGAACUCUCAGGGUGUGAUUAAGGGAUGGAUAGUGGGGGAGGCGCCAGUGGAACCUGAGAAAUGACUAGAGGGAUGGACGGAAAACUGUAGAGUUCAGGGUCAUGGAAGGCAAGAUAAGAAUGCAUUUCAAGGGGACUUCCCUGGUGGUCCAGUGGGUAAAAUGCCACGCUCCCAAUGCCGGGGGGCCCCGGGUUCGAUCCCUCGUCAGGGGAUUAGAUCCUGCAUGCCACAACUAAGAGUCCACAUGCCGCAACAAAUAUCCCGCGUGCUGCUUAACUAAGACCUGGUGCAGCCAAAAUAAAUAAAUAAAUAUUUUUUUUAAAAAAGAAAGAAUGCAUUUCAAGGUUAAGAGGAGUCUCCAUCCCCACCCCGUAAAUCUGAGUGAUCCUUGUAACCAACCAUCUUUAUGCAUAUAAAGGUAUGGAAUUGAUGCUUUGUGAUUUUGGAGCCUAAGACUCAAUUGGUCAUGCAGCUUCUUUUUUUUUUUUUCUCUCUUGAAAUUUGGUGCAAACGAUGUGAGGGAGCUUGGGCUAAUCUACUGAAUAAUAAGAUCAUACGCAGAAACACACCAGCCCAGCUGAGAUGAUGCCACCAGAUGAACUACCCAACUGAGUCCAGCUCAGUUUGUCCAAAAAAAAAGGUUGUUUUAAGCCACCACCAUCACCCCCUAAAAAGAAUACAUUUUAAAGUUAGAUUCCUUACAGCAUGCUUCUACAGUACCUUGUGAUUCUCUGUAAUAUUCUUACACUCAGGUUUUUCUCAUGCUGGAUUAUGCAUGCUAGCAGCAUAGGGUCUCUAUUUGCCAUAUUGGUUAUUUCCUCCCAGGACUCCACACACUGCCUGGCACACAGCAGGUGCUCAACAAACAUGAUUGGUUGAAAGGACCAGAUCAUGGAGCGAGAUUAUAAAGGUGCCUCCCGCAAUGAAUAUGUUCCAAACCGCAUUUCCUUCUCAAGCCUUGUGGCCAAUGGUGGAUAGAGGUGAAUUAUGAUGUGUGUGGAACAUGGGACCUUGGGGAGUUCCGUAACCAAGAGGAGAAAGAAGUAACAACAGCCAGUGGAGACAAAAAGAACUGCUCCUCCCUUCUUCCCUCUCCAAGUUCCUAGCGGAGAGCUGAGCCCAGCAUCCCAGACUUGUGUGACUACACAGGCAAGCUUUUGGAGACUAACUUCACUUUGGUACCCUAGCCUUCAGCGCCUUAAGGUGUUGGCUUUCUGAGCAGGCGGGAGGCUUUUAAGUAGCAAAGCUUGCUGUCAGCAAGCCCUACACCAUGGGGAAGGGAGACACCUUGGAAGCACCACCCACCUCGGCCUACCGCUCUGUCAUGGAGGAGUAUGGUUACGAAGUGGGCAAAGUCAUUGGCAAUGGCUCCUAUGGGACAGUGUAUGAGGCUUACUACACAAAGCAGAAGGUCAUGGUGGCUGUCAAGAUCAUCUCAAAGAAGAAGGCCUCUGAGGACUAUCUUAACAAGUUCCUGCCCCGUGAGAUACAGGUAAUGAAGGUCCUGCGGCACAAGUAUCUCAUCAACUUCUAUCAGGCCAUCGAGACCACAUCCCGAGUGUACGUCAUUCUGGAGCUGGCUCAGGGUGGUGACGUCCUUGAGUGGAUCCAGCGCUAUGGGGCCUGCUCUGAGCCCCUUGCUGGCAAGUGGUUCUCCCAGAUGACCCUGGGCAUCGCCUACCUGCACAGCAAGGGCAUCGUGCACCGCCUUUCUGCUGCUGGUAGGGACUUAAAGUUGGAGAACCUGUUGCUGGACAAGCGGGAGAAUGUGAAGAUAUCGGACUUUGGUUUUGCCAAGAUGGUGCCUUCUAACCAAUCUGCGCGGAGUAGCCCUUCCUACCGCCAAGCGAACUGCUUUAGCCACCUCAGCCAGACCUACUGUGGCAGCUUUGCUUAUGCCUGCCCGGAGAUCUUGCUAGGCCUGCCCUACAACCCUUUCCUGUCUGACACCUGGAGCAUGGGCGUCAUCCUCUACACUCUAGUGAUCGCCCGUCUGCCCUUCGAUGACACCAAUCUCAAGAGGCUGCUGAGAGAGACUCAGAAGGAGGUCACUUUUCCACCUAACUAUGCCAUCUCCCAGGAGUGCAAGGUCCAGCUGCUCAUUGCCUGUGUGGCACAAUGGGGGGCCAGCUCAGCCAAGACCUCUCUCUCCCCUGCCCUAGAACCUGGUCCUCCAGACGCUACGCCAAGCCACCAAGCGUGCCACCAUCCUGGACAUCAUCAAGGAUCCCUGGGUGCUCAAGUUCCAGCCUGAGCAACCCACCCAUGAGAUCAGGCUGCUCGAGGCCAUGUGCCAGCCCCCCAGCACCACUAAUCAUCACCAAUCCUUGGGAAUCAGUACCUGAAAGUGGCAGAGGAGGGGGCUGAAAGGGGAGCAGAGCAGGAGGGUCUUGGGCUAAAAAUCUUUUAUACCAAAAAUAAAUCUAAUUCUGUUUUCGUUUCA